ACACAAAUAUUUUCUCGAUCGCGAGUGCUAUACGUUGUAACUUUUGAGUUCUUUUUAGUUUAAAUAGUGUGGUGCAUCUAAUUUUAUAUCAAUUUAAUUAAUGAUUAAACGAAUUGUUCAUCGGUGCGUGUGAUAACGAUGUGGGAAGUUUCAUUCGUUAGCCGCAGGUCCAUAAAUAGCGGUGGUUUUAUCUUGCAAACCAUGCAUCCUCUGUCCAUGAUCGAAUCCGAACUCGAAUGUUUUUGAGUGUGCUAAAAAUACUCUCCAAGUGUUAUUGUUAUUCGUUUCAAUCAUAAUUAAUGUCAAGCGAGCCUAAUCCUUUCAGUUAUUUCAAGUCUUCUAUCAUCUUCACCUCAGUAAUACCGUUUCAAUGUCUAACGUCCGUUCGCUGCAUUUCAGGAAUUUACCUAAGAUCGGAGUAUGAUCAGAUCUUCUGAAGAUUUUGUAGCUGAGUUCAAGUAUGGAGUCGAAAGUAUUUCGAUGGUUUCGCAACGACGUGAAAGUAACACCAUUCAAGAAGGUGAAUGCAACUUCGCCAAGCGAGUUAGACAGUUGUGUAUCCGAAACUGACGCAGGAGAUGACAGCAAGAGAUCAGAGGAUCAUAACGACUGCCUAUUGUCUCCUGACUCCAACUCAAUAUCUGAUGUGUGGGAGGAGGCGCGGGAUGGUGCGACCAAGUCUGGCACCCCUGUAUCAGCACUGGACUUCUCAGUAAACGACUUUAGUGAUUUAAGUAUCAAUUUAAGUAAUACGAAGAACUCACCUAGUCCUCAGCUUAGCUGUAAUAAUUUGACUGAUCUUAAUGUCACAUGUGACUCUAAAAGUAGCAUUGAUAUUAACGGAGCGAAGUCUCCAAUUGCGGAGGGAUUGAACUCUGGUCUAGAAAUCACAGGAGAAACAUCCCCUGAAUUAAAAUGUGAUAGCCCUAGUAAGUUAAAUGGGGAUGAUCCACUUAUAGUUGACACUGUUAUACUUGAAAGUGCCACUAAGUUACCAUGCGAACUUGAAUUCGCUAAUGGGAGCGACAGUGGCGUGGAAACAAAUGGCAAAUAUUUCAAAGAAACGGAGAUUGAAGCGUCCUGUAACUCGAGCCAAAUCAGUCGCUCAUCCUCUCCAUAUCAAUUUGACUCGGAGGAGCUUUUAUCCAGCUGCAGUGCUGCCAACAGUCAAACAUUACAUUUUUCCGACACUCAUACAUCAUUGGACUACAACUAUGGUGAAGGCACUAGUGAGGCAGGUAGUGAAAGUUCCUGUGUCACAGGCUCAGGGUCUCUCAAGGAUGCCAAAAUUAAGAAGAAAACUGUUGAGAAGUCUGUUGUUCGCGGGAGACCGCCGUUUACUUCAAAUGCUUCUCCAAGAGAUACUUGCCGUAAGAAUAUUCAUUUUUCAACUAUGAAUGCCAAAACCUCAGCGAAGCUUAGAGAACCAAGCGAAGUGCGAACAAAGCCCACCAGAUCAUUAUCUAGCUCUCGAUCAAAAAUAGUUCCUGCCAUCGAUGACGGACGAUGGCCCUACGCUCCCAGCAAAAGUCACACGGCUGUUUCCAGACAGAAAUCUAACACAUCACAUCCGACUGACAAGAAGUCUCCGUCAUGUUCUGCUGCCGAAAGCAAAGCAAAUGCUCAGGUAAUAGAAAAGUAUGCCACUUUGCCGCGCAGGAGACGGCAGAAGUCGAACGAAAACCUCGUGCACUCUCAUGACUCUUCAUCACGGCACAGAGAUCCUAGUUUGAAUAAGACUGAAAUCUUGAGGCGAAAGCACCGAGAUACGAAUCUCAUGACCUCAUCUUUGACUACUAACUUCAAAACCUUACCGCCAUACCCUGGAGUUCGGAGCAAAUCCAAGACUAAAAUCUAUCACGAGACUUGUACUCAAACGACUUUUACAGCCGACGAUAUUGAACAAUUAGUUGCCGGAAACCCAGUCACAAUCAAUGAGCGUCGAGUGGAAACGAUGGAUGCAUCACUUCAAGUUGAUUUUAGAAACGAACAAAUUGAAACACUCCAAUCAUCGGUCAAACAGCUGAAAGAGGAGCUCCUGAAGACCGAAGCGGAAAGCACAGCUAAAAAACAGGAACUGAACAAAACGAAAAGAGAACUCGAGUCAUCUAAAUUGAUGGCAGAUAUAAUUCAACAACAAUUCAAAGCUUACGAAGACAGAAUUUGUAAACUCUUGUUGAAGAAAAUUUCGGAUGUGUCUGGCGAUUACCUCUCUGAAUUAGAGCGGCAAACUCUUUGUAUGAAUGACAUUGUGAAAAAACAACAAGCAGAAAUAAAAACCCUACAUCACACAUGCUCUAAAUUGCAGAAGGAACUGGAUAAGACGACCGUGGCCCAAAAAUCAAUGAUCCAGUCUCAGCAAGAACUAGAAUUGGAAUCGUUAGAAAUGCAAGAUUUUCUACAGACAGAAAAACUUGCGCUAGCAGACUCAAUAAAAGACCUUGAAAACGAGGUCUUGAAGCAGAAACAGUUAGUCAGGGAGAAAGAUAAAGAAUUAUCGUGGCAAAAAGAAGAGUAUUUGAAGCUAGCCCAAGUUGCUGAACAGAGGAGGCAAGAAAACGAGGCCCUCCAAGCGAAAGUGAACACAACCGAGCAGCGAAGUAAAGCAUUUCUCCUAGAACAAGGUGCCUCGGUCUCAGGAGCUUCAGUCGCGCUCUCUGGUUUAGGAGAUCGGUUGGAAAGCCUCAUCGAACAGUUGGUGGUUGCCUACAAUAUUUCGGAGACUGAUUUAGAGGAAGUAAUUUUUCACAAUGAAGCGUUCAGCCAAAGUUGUAGCAAUAGUGAUGGAGGCAGCAAAAUUCAGAGCCCUCUUGAUGGAAAACUAGACAUUAUAAAUAGCUAUAAGAAUUCUGUACUCUCAGUGAUAAGAAACUCCUCUACUACUCAGUUGUCGGAUCAAAUCUCAUUAUCUGAUGCUUCUCUAAAUAGUGGAAAUAACGAUCCAGUACCACCCAGCAAAAUCACGCUUAAACUAGGAGGAGAAAAAAAGACAAAGCCAUAUGAAGACAAUUCAUUUGAGACUGAAAACUUAGUUCCUUACGAUAUUUCUGACUCCCUCCUUAAGAAGGAGCACUCAAGUAACGAUCUGCAAUUGAUGUGUGAUUCGUUUCAACUCGACGGCAUGCUCGGCCACCAGCAACUGGAUAAAGUCUGUUUCGAGGAGUGCGAGGACGAUAGGUUCUUCAAUGAGUUCUACCCGAACCAUUCAUUAGUCGACCAAGUCAUCGAAAUCGACAAUCUCAUCGCUAAGCUCUUGAAGAUCUUUAGUAUGCUCCAGGAUAAACAAAACAGCAGUGAGCCCAUGACAUCUGCUCUUCAAGUGCCUGAAGAAAGAAUUAAUUUAGCAGUAAAAGUUAGCAAUGUGCUCGAUCAAAUGAAGCAACUGAAAGCACAACUGCAUCCCUCCGCGAAGGCAAAAUCAAACGGAGAGGUGGACUCAAGAGAGAUUUCUUGCACUACCUCUGUGGUAUCAGAUGAGCCAGUUGCACCGAAGGAAGUUAUGAAUCAUUCAUCUGAUGUUCCUGAAAAUAGCCACGAUAAUUGUACUAAUGGCUUAGCCUCCAUGGCAGAGCGAUUUUCAAGUUCUCUCAACGCUUCUUCCUAGCUGCAAACUCUGCCCUUGCAGAAUUUUCCCCAGCUUUUGUAGUCAAUUCUCCCUCCUCUGUACGGAAACUUUUUAUACCCAUCGUUUUAUCAUUUUUCUUUUACACACUGUAUCCAUCAUUUUAUCAAGCGUCAAUUUUACAAGGCUCAAUCAUUUUCCUUCUUUUAUAUCCUAUUUUAAAUCUUUUUAUUGAAGAUUGAUUUUUAAAUAUCCCCUGUAUUUUGAUUUUAUCGCUGUAGAUCAUGAUUAAUCUGAAGAAUCACUGAAUUUUACCCCUUUUGUUUUGUGAUAGUUUUAUCAAUUUAUAUUUCUCUAUUUUUUUAUGUAGAAUAACGAAUUUUAGACAUAUCUCGAGCUUGCAUCUCUUUUACUGUAUACUUCUCCAACCGUACUGGUCAUGUAAUAAAAAACCUAGUUUUACCCACCUUGAA